AUUUGAAAGUAUUCACCUCCCUAAAAAUCACGUCUUAAAUGGCAUCUUUCUCCUAAAAUUCAUUAAUAAAUAGUCUAAUCUUUAAAAGAAUAAUAGCUUUUAGGCAUAGAAGCUAUGAUGGUGAAUUGUCAAUCAACGAAAAUAGAAUUCUACAAGGCUCGUUCUCAUUCAGCUCAUAACUUUGAUGUCGCAUUAGAGUUUAACAUCGAACAAAGGCGCCUCUACUCAUUCAAAAUUCCAUUUCAAACUGACAAAGACAUUUCUUUAAUAGAAUGGGAAUUAAUUAUGAGAAAAAUAAAUGAAUUUGCAGCUAAACGAUAUGAAGGACUAAGCACUUCGUCGAGUUCAUCAUGUUUUCGAACUGGAAGCUUGGAAAUUCUUUUGAAAAUUAUUCCUAAGAAUAAAAGCUUCAUUCGUUUUGACAAACUUCCGUUUGAAUAUCUGCUUAGCUGGAUGAUAAAAGUCGUCAUAAAAAGAAUUAGAAGAAAGAAGAGCAAGCUGAAGAAGAUCCAGAAAGAAUCGAACCUUGAUAGUGACGUUAACGAUGAUUCUUCAAUCUCAAUAGAUAAUAAUCUUAAUCAACCUGUCAUUUUAAGUAAUUCUUCUCAAGAAAAAGAACUUUCCACUGUAAACAUUGAAGAAAAUGAGGACGAAGAAGAAAUAUUUAUACAGAAUCCGAAAGAUGAGAUGGAGAACAACAUUCUUGGUUUUGAUAUUGAACAAUUAGCAAAAAAAUCUAAAACUGUGCACUUUUCAGAAGACACAUCUUUUACUGACAUGUCUUUCACAGAUAAUCAUAGUCCAAAAACUAUUCGAAGAUCACCAAGAAAUAAAAAGGAAUCCACAAGACCAAACAAGAAACUCAAGACUGAUCCGAGUCAAAGACUUAUGUUCGCUUAUGUUGAAAGUCCAAAGGAGAAAGUUCCAACAAAAUCUAAACCCAGCACAUCAAAUACUCUAGAUUUCAAUGACGAGGAGUUCGAGGAAGUUCAGAAGUUUAUAGAAAAAUCUCAACAACGUGAACAUGAAAAUAAUUUGAAAAAAAUUGAGUUGAAAGAUCUCGAAAUGCUAGAUUGUAAUGAGUUCUCGACAGAACAAUUGAAAUUAGCUGUGAAAAAGUUCAAGCCUCAACUUGAAAAGUUGUACAAUAUGUCAAGAAGUGAACGAAAAAACUUAAACUACAAUCCCGUUUUGAUUACAACAUCAAAUGUCUUGUCUGAAAAUCAAAUGAUGACUGUGAUAAGAGAAUUAGAAAAGCUUGCAAACAUGGAAGGUUUAGAAACGAUCGAUGAGAUUCUAACUGAUUUGGUUCUUCCCGAAUUCAUUAUUAACAUUUUUAAAGAAAAGUUUGAUUAUACUCGAUCAAAAGCAUUGGAGCGACUUAAGCUUCAAGAUGAUCAUCGAUUUUUUUAUGAAGAAGUAAGCUUGUGAGACGUUAAUUCUGUAAAAUUAAAAUUCAAGCAAAUUUCCUUCUUAAUACAUGUUAAACAGCUUUUACUGUAUAAAUUUAUUUCCGGAAGAGUUUUAUGUUUAAUCUUCUGAUUUAUCAGAAUAAAACAAAUAAUUCUUUCACCUUUUAACAUAAUUAGUGCCAUAUAAAUGCAAUUUGUUGAACGAUGUAAUGAAUAUAAAUAAAUAACAAAGGAAGUAAAAA